AUGGAUAAUAUCACAAUACCACCCGACACCAGUUGGAUGUCACCAUAUAGCAUUUCAACGCAGGUUUGUUUUGAAAAUAAGUUUUUGAAUUUUGAAUCUAGACAUUGAUUUGAUGCUAGAGCUACCAUAAUAUCGAUUUUUGUGUUUUCAAAAAAAAAACAAAAAUAAUAUUUUUAAAAAAUUGAAAUGAAUAUUCAAUAGAGCGCAUUUGCAAUAUAGAAUAAAGCACUAUUUUUGAUCUACCAAAAAUUUAAAAAAAUCAAAAAUCUCUAAAACUUUUAACAAAAUGUGCCCUCAAAUGCUGUGAUCUCCAAUUUCCAAUUCCCAAAUUCCAGAUUCUGGUAUGGUUGGUGAUAAUUGUUUUAAGUUUGGAAACAAUUAUUGGAAAUGCGAUGGUUAUAAUGGCAUAUCGAAUAGAACGCAAUAUCAGUAAACAAGUAAGCCCUCCUCUUACUCAUUUUCAAAAAAAAAAAACAAAACUCUACUCGAAAUUUUUCCAGGUUAGUAAUCGAUAUAUUGUAUCAUUGGCGAUAUCGGAUUUGAUUAUUGGAAUUGAAGGUUUUCCAUUUUUCACAAUUUAUGUCUUGAAUGGUUGGUUUUUCAUUCAAAAAAAAAAGAUUUCCGCUCAAAUUCAUAAAUUUUCAGGUGAUCGUUGGCCUUUGGGUGAAAUCGCUUGUCAAACGUGGCUAUUUUUGGAUUAUACUCUAUGUCUCGUCUCGAUUUUGACAGUUCUGUUAAUCACCGCCGAUCGAUAUUUGUCUGUUUGUCAUACCGCAAAAUAUUUGAAAUGGCAGAGUCCGACAAAAACGCAAGCAUUGAUUUUUAUGUCUUGGCUUUUGCCAGCAGUGAUUUUUGGAAUUAUGAUUUAUGGAUGGGAAACGAUUAGUAGAUCAAAAAGUGAUAGCACAAAAAAUGGGAAAUGUAAUGCGCCAUUUCUUGAUAAUCCAUAUGUUAAUAUGGGAAUGUAUGUGGCUUAUUAUUGGACAACUCUUGUAGCCAUGUUGAUUCUGUAUAAGGUUGGUUUUUGCAGAAAAAAAUUACAGAUUCUGGUAGAUCAAAUUUUUUUUCAGGGAAUUCACCAGGCCGCGAAAAAUUUGGAGAAAAAAGCUAAGGCAAAAGAGCGACGUCAUAUUGCACUAAUCUUGAGUCAACGACUUGGAACACAGGUUUGCUUUUUCUUGAUUUUUGAUCCCAAAUUUAUGGCUUUCAGGUUGGAGUUUCUUUGAUGCUUCAAUCAAAAGCGGAAAAAGAGCGGAAAGCGGAAGAAGCUCAAAAGGAUAGUGGAUAUACAAGUCAUCCAGCAGGGGUAAGAAUAAAAAACAGAAGAAAUUUAGAAUUUUUGAAAAAGUGCUCUUAUAACCCGCAUGGUUUUAUUCCUGAUUUUUUCCAUCUUGAUUUUUUUUCUAAUCCAUCAUUCAGGAUCUCAAUUCACGCCGGUUUGGAUUUUCCGAACCGGAAUCAAGUCAGUAUAGAAUUGAAUCGAAUGCAAAUAACACACUAAGCGUUGAGGUAAAACAAUGUGCAUACAUUUUCCAUAGACAAACGCAUGAAUAAUUUAAUGUUUGAGAAUAUUGUGAAUGUACUAACGGUUAGGGUUAGUAAUGGAGAUGAUGUAUGUAAUAUUUACAAAAGUAAUCAUGCAUGUAUAAUAUUCGUUUCUCUCUUGAAAAAAAAGAGAAACGUCGGCUAGACAUCAAUGAAACAUUGCUCAAAAAUGUUCAAAAAACGGAAAAAAAAACAACAAUCACCAAUUUUUUUUUGUUUAUUGUGUCGGAUUGAUUUAUUUGAUUAUACUUUUUUUCUAUUUUUUUCUGCAAAAAACGGAAGUGCAUCAAACUAAUAACAAAUUCAAAAAUUUUCAAAUCAAUCAUCCCGACAUAUAGCAACGUUAAUAUAUUGUUGAGUUCAAUUUGUCGUUUUUUUUGGGCAUCUGCAAAUAAUAAAUUAGUAUUUAUGAUUAUUUCAGGGGUCUGUCAACACGGAGAAUGAUCAGAAUUUGGGUGUUAUUGAGGAAGAGAGGAGUGGUUUUAUGUCGAGAAGGUUAGGAUUUUUAAUUUUUUGAAAAAAUGGCCACGCCCACUUAAAAAAUGGGGUUGAAAUUUGAAGAUUGUUUUUUUUGGACUUUGACUCAAUAUAUAUUAGUUAUCAGAACUUAGAAAAAACAUAAUUUUUUCAAAAAUUGUGCAUUUUGGCCACGCCCACUUUUGAAUGACAAUUUUAAUUUUCAUCCACGGGAUUCAACCACACUUGACGAAAGAAUGUCCUAAAAUUUUUGUGCAGCGUGAAAAUUUUUUCAGAAUAAAAAUUAUGCAGCGUGAAAUUUUGAAAUUUUCUGAAUAUUUUCAUCAAAAUCCGCUGAUAAUCAAUGAACAUUUCACUUUUUCGUGAAAAAAUGUGCAGUGAAAUUUAAAAAAAUUUUGAAAAUUUUCAUCAGCUUCCCGCCCGAAUCGAAAUUUUGGUUUGGGCGGGAAUUUUUAUUCGAAAAUUUUUAUACAGUAUCCUUUUUUGACACGUCUCGUCAGGCGUGAAUUCAAAUGAAUGGCCAAAUCAAAAUAAAUCUAACAUAAGCAAUUUUCCAGGGAGAGCAAUGAAAGUUAUUAUCCUGGACCUCAUCCAACAGCUGCAAAUUCUCGAAGAUGUAGUGAGAUGGAAAGAGUAUCAUUAUUAAGUGAUAAUGAAGGUACAACCACUACAGUAAGACCACAAAGAGGAUACGGUCGAUUAUCAUUACGAUCACGAUAUAGUGCAUCAGAGAGUAUAACACAUGAAGAAGAACAACCAAUUGAAAAAGCAGAUAGUCUUCGAAAACUCUUUGCUGAUGAUGAAUUGAAUUCGGUUUUGAAUUUCAAAGAAGAAGACAAAUUGAAAACUGCUGAUUCAAAUAAUGAUAGUGAUACAACAUCUGUGAUACUUCAACAACAAAGUAGUAGGAAAUAUAAGAAAAAUAGGAAACCAAGAUCUACACGAAGAUCGAAUUCUUCAACGCCGAGAAGGAUUGCGAAGAUUAAACAAGUUGAUGAGAAUGGAGGGGCUUCGGCAUCAAUUGAAACUCAUGUAAGGGGGUAGGGUUUAUUUUAAAAACACAAUAUUUUUUGCAGAACGAGCCGGAUACUGAGGUGAUUGAAGUGAAGAGAGCUGAUCGAUGGGUAGUUUCGAUGAAAAAACGGAUAGCUCAAGCGCUGAUCCGAAGGAGGAGCACUCGAAGAGAAAGAUCGAGUAGCAGUAAUAGCGAGUUAGUUUUUUUCCAGAGAUUAGAGGGUAUCGGGGAGGGAGAGAGAGAGAUUUGAGAACUCCCCCAAAAAUCUUUGAAUUCCAGUGACUCUUCAUCGGAUGUUGAAACAAAUCCAUCCAACCCAGAACGAUGUAAUAGUUUGAAAAUCCCACAAUUAACUGUGAAUGAAGCGCCAAAUCAACCAACAGCCACUGAUCCUCCACCAACUCCUGCACCAACCAAAACAGAAACAUUUUUAAGUGCCGCCGGGUUAGUUGCGUGUGAUCUUAUGUUAGAAACAAUUUUCAGUUCCUGAUUUGUUUGAUUCUAACAAAUCCUUGGUUGUAGAUUGUUAUUCAGUUUAUAUAAUAUUCAGAGUCUCCAGAAAAAUCUCGACAAUUUCAACGGCGAUUACGCGAGAAAAAGUGAUAUCAUCAAUUUUCGCACCAAUUGCUGUUUUUAAUCGAGGAAGAAAACAAACAAAAGCUGAGAAAAGAGCGCAUAAGGCUUUCAGGUUGGUAUUUAUUCAUUUAGAGUUGGAUUGGAUUAAAAAUGUUUUUUUUUUCAGAACAAUCACUUUUAUUGUUGGAUUUUUUGCAAUUCUUUGGUCGCCAUAUUAUAUAAUGGUAAAAAAACUUGGAUGGGGAGGGGGUUAAAAAUUCAGGGUUUGGUCUAUUGAGUCAUUCUCGAAAAUUCUAGACAGAAAUUAAAUUUUUAAACCUUGAUCCAUGAAAAUAUAGGUUUAAAUUCUCGAGUUAGCGUAACUUCAAAAAGAAAUUCUGGAUAAUUUUCGAUAAACAUUAAAUUUUUUUAAAAAGAUUCUUGAAUAUUUUUCACCAUUUUCGAAAAACCUAUUUUUCCCAUCUCAAAACUCAUUUUUUUUCCAGGCCACAUUAUUCGGUUUCUGUGGUAAUAACUGUAUUCCGCCAUCAAUUUUUACAAUGUCAUAUUAUAUGUGUUAUUUGAAUAGUAGUGGUAAUCCGUUUGCAUACGCUUUAGCUAAUCGACAAUUUCGUUCGGCAUUUAUGCGCAUGUUCCGCGGAAAUUUCAACAAAGUUGCAUGA